CAAAGUGCGUGCGGACUAGUUGGCAAAGUUGAGGGCGGCGACGUCUCUGGGAACAGCUGUUUGCGUUCGGGGCGGAGGCGGCGCGCGAGCUCCUCGGCCACGAGCCAGCGAGCCUAGAAGAAGGGUGGAGGUUCUGGAUCUCAGGGAAAAAGAGAGAAGGCGGGAUGACGCGGGGACGUGAGGCUUGAGCUCCCCGUCCCGCAGCUCAGGCCCCGUCGUGCUUUCGCCCCUUCUCGGUGACCUCAACCCGUUUAUAGCUACCCCACCUCUCCGGAGCCGGGAGUACCGCCCCUGGAGGGGGAGGGGAAGGAGAGGAAAUUUCGAACGCGGAUUGAGUCGUCUGGGCACCCGUAGUUGGGAACCGUGGAACACUGGUCCCGGGGAAGAAGGGAGGUGUCCGGGCUCGGAGGCUGUGGCGGGCCUCGCGGUGAGCUGGGCUCCGACUCGCCACGCGUGGGGAACGCGAGCCUCAACCGGGCCCGGAGCAACCCGCGGAGCGGCUGGUCCUGUCAUGGCAGACUACUGGAAGUCCCAACCAAAGAAAUUCUGUGAUUACUGCAAGUGCUGGAUAGCGGACAAUAGGCCUAGCAUUGAAUUUCACGAAAGAGGAAAGAAUCAUAAGGAAAAUGUGGCAAAGAGGAUCAGUGAGAUUAAACAGAAAAGCCUGGAUAAGGCAAAGGAAGAAGAAAAGGCAUCAAAGGAGUUUGCUGCAAUGGAGGCAGCUGCCCUGAAAGCAUACCAAGAGGAUUUGAAAAGGCUUGGCUUAGAGUCAGAAAUUUCAGAUCCAAGUGUGUCACCAGUAACCAGCACUAUCCCACCCACCUCUGCAUCAAAUCAGCAGAAAGAAAAGAAGAAAAAGAAAAAAGACCCUUCAAAGGGCAGAUGGGUAGAAGGCAUAACCUCUGAGGGUUACCAUUACUAUUAUGAUCUUAUCACAGGAGCAUCUCAGUGGGAGAAACCUGAAGGAUUUCAAGGAAACUUAAAAAAGACGGCAGUGAAGACCGUUUGGGUAGAAGGUUUAAGUGAAAAUGGCUAUACCUAUUAUUAUAAUACAGAAACAGGGGAAUCCAGAUGGGAAAAACCUGAUGAUUUCAUUCCACACUCUGGCGAUCUGCCUUCUAAUAAAGUCAGUGAAAAGUCACUUGGCACCCUAGAAGAGUCCAAAUCAUCAGAUUCACAUAGUGAUUCUAAUGGGGAACAAGAAGCAGAAAAGGGAGGAAAAAAAGGAGAGGUCUCUACAGAAACGCAAAAGCUAAAAAUAAAGUUUAAGGAAAAAAAUAAAAAUAGUGAUAAAGGAACUGAACCAGAAACACAGAAAGAAAAAAAUACCCAAGGGAAGAAUUCUUCAGGUCCAAAUGAAGAAAAACCCAAAGCUCAUAAAAAAUCAAACCCAUAUGGAGAGUGGCAAGAAAUUAAACAAGAGGUUGAGUCCCAUGAGGAGGUAGAUUUGGAACUUCCAAGCACUGAAAAUGAAUAUGUAUCAACUUCAGAGGCUGAUGUUGGUGGGGAACCCAAAGUGGUUUUUAAAGAAAAAACAGUCACUUCUCUUGGAGUCGUGGCAGAUGGAGUGGCCCCAGUCUUCAAAAAGAGAAGAAUUGAAAAUGGAAAAUCUAGAAAUUUAAGGCAACGAGGUGAUGAUCAAUAACUGUAAAAGAAAGCUUUUUGGACAGAAUGGAGACUAUACAUCUUAAGAGCUCCUCUCUGUUUAUUUUACAGUACUUAAAUGCUAAAAAUUUAGACUUAUUCUAAAUGUAAAAUAAAUCUUUUUUCAUGUGAAA